AUGCUCACCCGCUUAGCAGUCCGCACGCCUCUGCGUUGCCUAACGUCCAGUCUCUACCUGUCCAGCAUCCGCGCGCCAGUUCCCCAACGCACCAUGUCCACCUCGCCCUCAUUCAAACUCGACCCCUCUCUCUUCAACCGCACACUAUACGACCGCGUAAUAUCGAAAUGGUUCCCCGGUAUCGACACCAGCGGGCAGGAGCUCGACAUGACCGUGGUGAAGCGCUGGUUCAUGGCGAGCCCCGCCGAACGAGUCGCAUUCGACACACAAUGUCGCGAAGCCUUUUCUCCCGCGUUGGAAGCCAUUGGCCCCGACAAAUGCCCCGACGCGACCGCGCACCCGUUCCUCGACGAAUUGCGCCGUAUUGCUGAGCCAAAUGGGGAUGCGAAUAGCGAGGAAGCGGCGUGGACGGCGCUUAGUAUGGCACUGCUGCUCGACCAGAUACCGCGGAAUAUAUACCGUACAGAUUUUGGGCUGCAGCUUGUAUACAACCACUACGACUGCGUGGCGAAGCAUCUAGUCCGUACGCUCUUAUCCCCCGAGUCGCCUAUUCCACGCCCGGAUUUGCAUCCAGUCUUCCGCCUUUCGUCGCCGCAUAGAAUGUGGUUCUACAUGCCGCUUCUCCACUCUGAAGACGUGGCUGAUCACGAUUUUGUAGACGGCAUUGUGUAUGAGCUGGAGAAAGAGGUAGCAAGUUUAGAGGGAUACAAAGGCACAAAGAUGUUUCUUGAGGGGUACAACAAGUCGGCUAGGGAACAUAGAGAUAUACUGGAUAGGUUUGGUAGAUAUCCGCAUCGGAAUGGGGCGUUGGGUAGGGAGAGUACAGAGGAAGAGAAACGGUUCUUGAAAGAGGGAGGAGCUACGUUUGGGGUUGUGCAGGAGACGAAGGAAGCUGCGUUCUAG